ACAAUCAACGCCUUCCAUUGCCUGGGUUUGCCAGGAUGAAAUCAUAGCAGAUACAGAAAUAAAAUGCAUCAGCUAACAGGCACCUCAGCUCCCCUUUAUGGUGGGAUGAGUCUUGUCCUCUGCUUCUAAAUGCAGAGAAAUGAAGUCACUAGUAACCAAAACAACCCCCUGUGCUUCCCAGAGAGUGAACCUCCUCCUUCACUACAUGGUUAACGUGGACUGUAAACUCAUCCGAGCAGUGGUCAGGACACAUGCAUCUUCAGAGCACGGUGCCAGUUUGUGACAGUGCGUAAACAACUCUGCUGGUGCUGUAGUCUCUCAUAACAACAACCAGGAGAUUUUUUUUUUUCAUAUAUUUUUUUUUUCCCCACAUGGAUGUUUCCUUUUCUGUAGCAUUCUUUAAGUGACAUCAAGUUUUUCUCCUCUCUCUUCCUUACUCCAUCUCCUUUUACCAUAUUGUUGUCUCUACCAGCCCCCCUUCUCCAUUAUUUUUCUUCAGAAAUAUUUCAAUCCUCAUCUAGGCUAUUAUUUUUAUAUAUCCCUAGCUAACAUGAGCCUUCCAGUGUCAUGGACCUUUGCAGAUAUAUGAAAAGCAGCCACAGCCUCCCUCUCCAUCCUCCCCAAAUAGGCUGCUACCUCCUGCUGGUAUCUUUAUGCAACACAGACAGGAAAGAUUGCUUGGGGAGGGUGUUUUUUUUGUGGCGGUUUGGCAGCGCUAAGGAGAAAACAUUGACUCAGGAUGGUUGUGUUCCUGGUUUUCCAGCCUGCCAGCAGCCAGCCACCUGCUCUGCUCUCUCCAUGCUCUCUUCCCAUUCCAGUCUGGGAAGGUUCAUGGGAGCACCGGAGCCACUUUCUGUGCUCCAGCCUGGAGAAGGGAGCAAGGAAGAAAGCUGAUGCCCAGAGCUGGGGGAGCCACUGGAGAGCAGAGGCAGGAGGAGAAACUGCCAGUUAAACUUCAAGAGAGAGCCAUUUUGGCAUUGACGAGCAACCCAGAGCAAUGUCACUGGCUGGGGUAAGCUGUCUGGUGACCGGAGCAGGAGGAUUUCUUGGCAGGAGGAUUGUCCAGUUACUGCUGGAAGAAGAGGAGGCACUGGCUGAGAUUCGGCUGCUGGACAAAGCCUUUAGCAGUGAAGCACUCAGGAGCUUUGGAAAUCAAGGAGCUGUAAAGAGGGAAAAAAAAAUCCCUCAAACCUGUUGCAUGAGAAUAAUUGUUAAAUUAAUGCAGGAUGAAAUUCUGUCCGGUUCCACAAAUGAGGAGAGAAAACCAGGAUUCCAGGGCAAGACAGAGGUGAAAAUCCUGGAGGGGGACAUCCGAGAUGUGACAUUCCUGUACCAUGCCUGUCAGGGGGUCUCCCUCGUCAUCCACACAGCUUCCAUCAUUGACUUCUUGGGCCUUGUAGAGACACAGCUGCUCUGGGAAGUCAAUGUAACAGGUACUCAGAUGCUGCUGGAGGCAUGUACCCGUUGUAACGUCCAGCACUUCAUAUACACCAGUACUGUAGAAGUGACAGGCCCAAACUGCAGAGGUGACCCAGUAUUCAAUGGUGAUGAAGAUACAGCUUAUGAAUGUAUGUCAAAAUCCAUUUAUGCCCAGAGUAAGAGACUGGCAGAGGACUCUGUGCUGAAAGCAGAUGGCCAGAUGUUGAAGGAUGGAGGCAUGCUGCUGACUUGUGCCCUGAGAUCCAUGUACAUUUUUGGAGAAGGAUGCCCAUUUCUUCAAGGUCAUCUGGAUAAGUGUCUGUUGAACAAAAAUGUCUACCUACGCUUCUCCAGGAAGGAGGCUUUAGUGAACCCCGUGUAUGUGGGCAACAUUGCCUGGGCACAUGUGCAGGCAGCCAAAGCUUUGCAGGUCCCACAGAAAGCCAAACAUAUCAGGGGGCAAUUCUACUACAUCUCAGAUGACACUCCUCAUAUGAGCUAUGCAGACCUAAAUUAUGAGCUUACCAAAGACCUGGGGUUUGGAAUUGAGCCCCGGCUCCCCAUGCCUCUGACAAUGUUGUAUUACUUCUCACUGCUGCUGGAGAUCAUGAGCUUCUUGCUCAGGCCCUUUGUCAGGUAUGUCCCCUCCACCAACCGUCACCUGGUCACCCUCCUGAACACCCCAUUCACCUUCUCCUAUAGAAAGGCACAAAAGGAUUUUGGCUACAUGCCCCGUUACACAUGGGAAGAGGCCAAGCGGUGCACUGGUCAGUGGAUUGCCUCUGUGGUCCCACAGAGGAGGGAGCACUUGAAAAUCAAGGCUGCCUAAAUCUUAAGAGGAGAUGAGGCCUGGCUGAACAAGUAGGGCCAUGAGCUAAAGAAGAGCUGGGUAAACAGCAGCAGCAGAUAACUACAAAUGAAAAAAAAAAACAAAACAAAAACAUUUACCAUUUACCAUUUUCUUUAGUAACAUCCUAGUUUAAGUAUGGGAUAUCCAAAGUGGUAGAAUACCAGCAACCAAAACUUGCAGUUAUAUUCUGGGGGCAGAGGAAUAAGUCUUUUGAACUUCCAUUGAAGUUUUUGUACUCAGCAAACUAGUACUGUGGAUGUCAUUUGAAUGAAUGCCAUCACUUCUCUCAACAUCUCCAUCAGAGAUCCUCCAUUAUUAAUAAGCAUGCAAAUCUGUCCCAUACUGAAAAAGACGCAUGAGAGUGAGGAGGUUUGCGGGUACCUUAAAUAAUAAAGGAUUUCAAAUGAAA